AUGAACACCCACGCGUGCCAUCUGCAUGCGUGCCGCGUGCUGGCGCUCCAAAACGUCCACGAGUGCGUGCGAAACCCUUUGAAGUGGAAGCGCGAGCGUGGGAGAGCGACGCCACGGCACCGAAGACCCCCAAAGGUGCGACUGUGGGAGAGCGACCAGCAGACGCUUCUCGUCGUGCAAGCUUACCUCAAACUACCCGUGGUCGUCCACUCCAAGCUGCCACCGCUGGAGAAGCGCCACUUGUCCCCGGCCAGGGGCAGCGGCCUGGAGCCUCUCCCCGGGCCCGUCCGAGAGCGCCUGCUCCCGGCGCGGCCUGGCUGGAGGCCACCGGGCCCGUCGGAUGAUGACUCCGUGAGAACGGCGUGCAAAAUGGACAAAAUGCUCGUCCGGGUGUCCAAGAGUAUUCUGGGCGAUGGUGAAAUCAAUUAUCAGCUCAAACUGGGAACAUGUCGAGCAAAAAAGUUGUCGAAGAAUUACGUUUAUUUUCUAAAUGGUCUCGACCAGUGUGGAACCAAACGCCAGAUGAUUAAUGGUCAGAUGACCUAUUCAAACACACUGCAGUAUGACCCGGGGAUGGUUCAAGGCCCCAUAAGGAGAUCUGUGCCCUUUGCGUUGGCCGUUGCCUGCAAUUACACCAGGUAUCAAUAUUCCUACAAAAUCGGAUAUCUUCCGAAGAUGCGCAUGCGCCACAUCUUCAAACCAAUGAGGAACAGAGCCAAUUUCAUUCUGACGCCAAGGAACGCUCAGUGGCAAAGGCUUGCCCCAUUGGAUCAGUACGUACUCGGCGAGCCCAUGUUUUUCGAGGCUGAGGGUCCGUCCAUUCCCCAAGACAUGAGGCUGUACGUCCACUUGUGUUACGCCACACCUAAUAAGUCACGCACCUCCACGCCUCAAUUUCUGGUCGUGAAAGACUUUGGGUGCAUGAUUGAAAGCAAGUACAGUCGCUCUAGAUUCAUCCCCUACAUGAACAACAUUGUCCGAUUUUCUGUGGAUGCUUUCUUGUUCCAAGGAAUGCCGGCCCAACUCUACAUGCACUGCACCAUGUCGGUCGAAAGUGAUGUUCCCACUCCCACGGCAAAGUCCUGCAACUAUGACACAAACAUGGGAAGAUGGGUGGAGCUGCAUGGCUGGGACUGGGUGUGCGCCUGCUGCGACUCCAACUGUGGCUCUGCUACUGCUCCAUUGAGUGAAAUAAGCAGCAGCAGAGGGUGGAAAGUGCAGCCCAGGGGGCAAUUCUUCAAAAACCACAAGAGGAAGAGAUUGUUCUCCUCUGCCAAAACAACAACAGCAGCUGCAUCAGCAGUGAAGACCACCACUGAGGCCAUUCAAAGCACGACCACACCGUGGCCUGAUCCAGUUGUAGACACAGAUGAUACCACUGAGUCGAAGUGGCCGUUUGGAGGCAGAGGAGUGGAGUGGGUGGAAGAGGAAGAGGAGCAGCAGGUGAAAGGCAAUGCUGUUGUGAUGGAGGACGUCCUGGAAGCUCAUCUAGCCUUUGAAGAGCCUGAAGUGCAAACUGUCAAAAAAUCCAAGCUGAAGAUGCCCUCCACCUCCACAGUGCUGCCGCCAACACGGAAGACCACCACAGAGACAACGAAGCCUGAAAUAAUGGGUAAGGUGGUGGACUGGGAAUGGGAGAAGAAAAUGGUGAAGAAGGGUUCUGCUGUGGUGGAGGAGGUCAAAGAACAUCGCCGAACUUUUGAAGAUAUCUUUGAGUUUGACGAAUAA